GACGGCGCUGAUCGUAACCCAGUAAAGCAAACAGACGCAGACUCGACCCCAGCGCCGCUGCCAAUUCCCAAACCUACUCUCUGUCACAGGUGUCGUGACACGUGGGCGAAAGCGGCUCAGCCCCGGCGGCGCGGAUCAAGCCCCGAAAACCAGAAACUGGACGAAUCUGAAAGUAUUUAGAUGAAUAAAAACACACGAGAAUAUGCGCCCCAGGCUACCAAUCACUCUGACUAGCCACAAACAGCCGGGGAGUGAUCGUCCUACGCUGGCGCAUGCGCAGUAGCGCAGCCAGACUGUUCCCCAAGUGUUUGAAACUACCCGGAGGAUCUGAUCUCCACGCUGGAGCGAGUAAUGCGACAUAAGGGACGUUUUCGCCACAUAACGGACAGCGAUCAGCGUCUUUUACGCCACUUUUCCUCUUCGCCGGGCGCACUUCUCGGAGCCCCUUUAAUAAAGCACCUUUGCCUUUUGCCUCAUAGUAGUUGUGUCGGGUGGUCUCUCAGCAGCAGCGGGUGCCGUACGAUCAUCUCUACUCGGACAGAUCAAAUGCAUUUUGUUUUGUCGACGAGCGGACUCAUCCCGGGCAUCUGAAGCACCAGCCGACUCGGAGCCGAAAUGCUGAACACGGCCAGCUGGGACCCGCUACACGUCGCCAACUAUGUGACUGAAUAUCUGGACUUGGUUGAAUCGCUGCCGUUCGACCUACAAAGAAAUGUGUCUCUCAUGAGGGAAAUCGACUCCAAAUACCAAGAGAUCCUCAAAGAGUUGGACGAAGCUUACCAGAAGCACAGCCAGGAGGAGGACCCGAUCCAGCGGAGGCGCCUGCUUCACUGCAUCCAGCGAGCCUUGAUCCGAAGCCAGGAGCUGGGCGAUGAGAAGAUCCAGCUGGCCAGCCAGAUGGUGGAGCUGGUGGAAAACCGUAGCCGGCAAGUGGACAGUUUUGCCGAGCUUCUGGAAGCUCACAGUGAGCCCCAUGACAAUGCAGCAGCUGCUUCCAUGACCACCAUUGUGCCUGGAAAGAGGCGAGAAGAGGAGAAACGGAGAGAGGAGGCCCUGGGAUUGGUCGAUAGACUUGCAGGGGGCAACAAGCGCUCCAGGCGGCAGAAGGCCAACAGCAAUGAGAACCGGGAGAACGCUUCCGCAAGUCACCAUGACGAAGUGGUCGGCAUCACAGGUAGGGAGAAGAGAGCCAAGACAUCAAAGAAGAAGAAGAGGUCCAAAGCCAAGCAGGAGAGAGAGGCAUCGCCGGCUGACCUGCCCAUUGACCCCAAUGAGCCCACCUACUGCCUCUGUGAGCAGGUAUCAUAUGGGGAGAUGAUAGGUUGCGACAAUGACGAAUGUCCGAUUGAGUGGUUCCACUUCUCCUGUGUUGGGCUUAAUCACAAGCCCAAAGGGAAGUGGUAUUGCCCCAAAUGCAGGGGAGACACAGAGAAAACCAUGGACAAAGCCUUGGAAAAGUCUAAAAAGGAGAGGGGCUACAACAGGUAGCUCAAUACCUGUUGAACUGCACAGCCAUGUUAAUAUUUCUAUUUAUUUGAUAUGUAUAUACAUACACAUUUGUUCAGUGCUAGAAGUAUUUACUUCAUUGUUUUAAGUCAGUUUGUCACUUCAGUAUGAAGCUUUAUGUGAGUUUUAUCACUUAGCAGAGUAGCACUAAAGGGCUUCAGUUCAGCCUUUUGAGUUGAAGGAUACGAUAUGUGCCAGUGACGCUCUCAAUUAAGUAUUUCAUUUUAAUCUGGAUGUCUGUUUUGUGAGUUUGUCUACCUAUUGUUACAUGAGCAGUACAGUUGACAGGAGUAUUGUUUUGUGAAGGCACUUGCAGCAUGUGGUUAUCGUGUUCAGUGUUUGAGUGGAGAUGUUCUCAUUGCUAAUAAAACGAGUAUAGAACCCGU